UACCAAUCGAUUCUCACGAGUGAGGGUGUAUCCCAUGAUAACUUCAACAGUGCAGACAUUUCGUCUGGCUUCAAGAUGAAACAAAGAGCGACAAAAACAUGCGGCUGAGGUGGGCUUGGCAAACUCCACCGGUGGCCCAACCACUCUACGACCAAGAAAUACAAGCAUCAUCUCGGCGCGGACGAUGGGGGCGAUAGGGCUCCUUAAGCCUUUGCUUGCCCUCUGCUGCAGUGUUCUCGAACACUUUGUUAUCGUCAACUGUUAUCCGUCAACAUGAACGCUGUCCUGGACUGAAGCCUGCCUCGCGUGCUUGCUUUGGGUGAUCGAACAAAUCUUGGAUACUGUUCUGGCCGUCGGAAGGUCCGGAAUAUGCAUCGUGCUGCUUUGCUGCUGGUUCAGCUUUUACUCCUUGCAUGCCACACAUUAGCAGAUGACGUUGGCUUCGAUUAUGACCCGACGGACUUGAAUGCCUGGGAGCACGACUAUGGCCACUACCCCUAUCGGACUUUCGAGUCUAGCGACUUGACACCACCCGCUGUGGCCCGAAAAGUCGAUUCGCCAGAAUGUCACGAUGGACUGAUGACCUUCCUUACGCCUCGAGGCACCGCUGUCAACGAGAGCCGUGGAAUGGUCAUACUCGACGACGAAGGAGAACCUGUAUGGAUGCAAAAGACGGACGGACAACCCUACAACCUUGAUGUACAAACGUACCAAGGCGCCCCACACUUGACGUACUGGCUAGGCGACGACACCAUUGGCGGUCAUGGAGAAGGCGACUAUUAUUUGCUCAAUUCAUCCUACGACCUGGUUGCAAGGAUAUCGGCUUUAAAUGACCUUCGCGCCGACCUACACAGUUUGAGUCUGACUUCAGAUGAUACCGCAAUCAUUAGUAUCUACCAGCCAUACGAGAAAGAGAAGAGUGGACAACUGCAGUACAUCUGGGACUGUCUAUUUCAGGAGAUCGAUAUUGCGACCAAUAGCCUGAUCUUCGAAUGGCGUGCUUCAGACUAUCAUGAUACCUCCGAGUCUUACCAUGAGCCUCGAUACGAGUCAGAAGGAUCAACCAACCACACGCAUUGGGAUUGGUACCAUCUCAACUCUGUGGAGAAGGACGAUCUGGGCAACUACCUGGUCUCAGCUCGGUAUACUCAUUCGAUAACCUACGUUGAUGGUAACACUGGCGAGAUCAUCUGGACACUGGGCGGUAAACGCAACAUGUUCACAUCCGAUGACCAUGCUCUCGACUUCUCGUCACAGCAUCUUGCAAGGUUCCACUCGGUCGAUGACUUCCCAAGCCUAGUUACAUUGCUCGGUGCCAGUAAAGCUGGUAUAACCACAAAAUUGAUCAGUCUGUUCGACAACAGAAAUGAUGAUACGUGGGACUCAGGGCUGGGUUCCAGAGGCUUACUCCUUGCCGUUUCCUAUCCUACUGAUUAUCGUCUUGACGGUCAGGUCAACAAGAACGACUACAAAGCUCGUAUUGUCCGAGAAUACCUACAUCCCAAUGAUCUGAUUGCCGACAGCCAAGGCAGUUUCCAAGUCGUUCCUGCGACUAGUUCUGAUCAAGAUCCGAGUAUUGUGGUUGGCUGGGGCGCGCGAUCAGUAUGGUCUACUUACUCUUCUUCAGGCAAGCUUAUCUGUGACGACCACUUUGGCACAGAGGCUGCAAUUCUCAACGGAUCAGUCCAGUCUUACCAUGUAAUGCGAUACCCCUGGAUUGGCCUGCCAAGCGAGCCGAUUUCGGCUGUCUACAACUCCGAGCGAAACAGUCUGUUCGUUUCCUGGAAUGGAGCAACCGAAGUCGAUUCUUAUGCUCUGCAACACAAUGAUGAGAGUGCUACCGAAUAUGCCGACUGGGUAUACACUGGUACCACUCAGAAAGAAGGAUUUGAGACUGAGGUUACCAUUGGAGAAUGUGUAACGCGUUUUGUGCGUGUCGUUGCGCUUGAUGCAGGAGACAAUGUGCUCGGUGUUUCGGAAGCAAUCCGGCUGCCUUUCACAUCGGGUUUCCAUUGCGACGAGAUUAACAACAUGUACAUCACCUCUGACGGCAACACUUUCUCGGCAGGUGGCGUAACUAUGACGCCUAUCGGUUUGAUCAUGGCUGCCAUGUCUCUGACCAUGUUCAUGAUUAUCCUAUUUGAAAGUUGGCGUGCAUACAAAGUGUGGCAGAAGAGAAGGGAGCACACAUAUUACCGCCUUGAGGUCGACCCAUAUUUGUGAUCCGAUAGCUUGGUGCUUGGCGUUCCUCUGUUUUAUCUGGCGGUAUACCCAUUUGGUUUUUAAUAUUCUUUGUACAUAAGAGAAGGUCAUCAAGUGGCAUCCACUGAAGGUUUUGCCAUGCGUUCGUGGUGAUCUUGUUCCAAUCGAAAGUCAAGGUAUAUUCCUACUUGCUCUUUUGGCCGUGUCGGGGUCGGUCGUGGCUUCCUCAUGCAGGCUGGCGGCGCGUAGCUGGUGCUUGCACUUUCUGUCAAACCGAAAUCGUCCUGUCUC